CCUGAGUAUUCCAUAUAAGCCAUGCAGCCUAAGUUAUAAUACAGUUUAUUUUUUCGAAGUUGGCUGAUUUUGUUGUCCACGUAAACGAUUGACUAUAUUUGGUUAAAAUAAACUCAACUAUAAUAGCUUCUCAAUCUGAUGUAGUUAAUUAUGAAGUGUCAUUAUGAAAUAUUGGCUGUGUCGCUGAAUGCAGAUGCUGCAGAAAUUAAAACGGCUUACAGGAAAUUGGCACUGAAAUGGCACCCUGACAAAAAUCUGGACAACGCAGAGUAUGCAAAAGAACAAUUUCAAUGUGUUCAGCAAGCAUAUGAAGUGUUAAGCGAUAAACAGGAGCGUGUAUGGUAUGAUAAACAUAAGGAAGAAAUUUUGAGGAGAACUAGUUCCCAAUAUCUGGAAAAUAGUCUGGAUGUGUAUCAGUUCUUUACAACAUCCUGUUUCCGAGGUUAUGGAGAUGAUGAAAAUGGUUUUUAUACUGUAUAUCGAAAAGUUUUUGAACUAAUUGCUAAUGAAGAUAUCAAAUUCAUGAAUAAGGAUGAAUUUAUUGAAGUUCCCACUUUUGGAAAUUCAACAAGUGAUUACACUAGUGUUGUAAAUCCUUUCUACAUUUUUUGGUUGGGUUACUCAACUAAGAAAACUUAUUCUUGGUUAGACCCUUGUGACAUUGAGCAAGCUAAAGGUAACCGAAAAGUAUCUAAAAUUUUUGACAAAGAAAAUCAAAAAGUUCGUCAAAAGGCAAGACAAGAAAGAAAUGAAGAAAUACGUAAUUUGGUUGCCUUUGUUAAAAAAAGAGACAAAAGAGUCCAAGCUAAUAAAAAGGAAGUGGAAGCCAAAUCAUUGAAAAACAAAAAGAGGCAGCAAGUAUUAAAUAGACAAAAAAGAUUGGAAUGGAAAAAAUUAUGUGAGGAUGAAAAUCAGGCAGAUUGGACCAAAUUUGAAAAUGUUAAAUCGGAGUUAGAAGAGAUAGAAAAACAUUUAGAUAGAGAAUUUGGUACUUUAGUUACAAGUUCGGAUGGAGACGCUGACGACCAAAUAAACAAUUUGUACUGUAUAGGAUGUAAUAAAAUAUUUAAAAACAUUAAAGCUUUUGAAAAUCACGAAUUUAGUAAAAAACAUAAACAGAAUAUGAAAAUAUUGAAACAAAUCAUGUGUGAGGAAAGCUUAAACUAUUCAGAUAAUUUUGAUGACAACAUUCAAACUACACAACUUGAUGAUGCUAAUUCAGUUUUUUCAGAAUUAAAUGAUCACGGAAAGAUAAAACAAAGGAAACACAAACAGAAAAAAAAUAGUCCGGAGGAGCCUAAAGCAAGUGUUGCAGAUGUUAAUAGACAUAGUAAUAAAAAAAUGCCCAUUUUAGCAACAUUGUCAUACAAUGGUGAAGUUGAUGAUGAAAAUAAAAUAGAAAAGAAUAAAUCCUGCACAAAUAAUAUUAAUAAAAAUAUGUCAAGAGAAGAUGUGCAAAGGCAAUAUAAUAAAAAUAAAGGUAAAAAGGGGUCAAAGAAAGCUGCCAUAUUUGAGUUAACAGAUAUCGAUUUACAUCAUUGUUGUUUAACCUGCAACUCAAAUUUUACUUCUAAAAACAAGUUGUUUGAGCAUUUGAGGAACAUGGGACAUGAAGUAUGUGUACCCCUGAAAAAUGCAAAAUGUCACAAAUAGCACUGAAAUAUACAACUACUG